AUGGACGACCCUCACAUUAGCAAGCCUUUCAGGUUUCCCAAUGGUGCUACCAUCCGUAAUCGCCUCGUCAAAUCGGCCAUGGCUGAGGGUUACAUGAUACCUGACCUCCUGCCCAACGACUCGUACAUUAGGAAUUACUCGCGGUGGGCCCGCCCCGGCGUCUUCCUCGUUAACAACCCAGCUGUUUCGUACGAAGCCCAGCUCGAACGCCUCCGAUCCUUUACGACCGCCAACGGCAGCAAAAUCAUCGGCCAGCUCUGCCACCUAGGCCGCGUAGUAUUGAUCUUGCCCGGCCCCGGCUGGUGUAGUAAGAAGAACAUAGCCCCAAGCCCGCUCCGCAUGCCCAUUGGCGAGGGCUUGCCCAACAGGGGCCUGGCGGCGCUGCUCUUCGGUACGCCGCGCGAGAUGACGCGCGCCGAUAUCGAAGACGUCGUGGACAAGUUUGCUCGCGCAGCUAAGACCAUGGCCGAUGCCGGAUUCGAUGGCGUCGAGCUGUACGGCGCACACGGGUUCCUGCUCUCACAGUUCCUGUCGCGGACCGACGAUUACGGCGGGUCCGCGAUUAACCGGACUAGGUUCGUUACGCAGGUUAUUAAGGCGCUCAACUCUACCGAUUACCAGACUGAUCAGAGUGCCCCGGCGCUGCAGGAGGUAAACCAGCAGUUUGCCGCGAUUGCGGUAGUGGGGGUCGACUUUUUGGAAGUUAGCGGCGGGACAUAUGCUGACCCCCGGAUGGCCCGUGGUCCACCGAAGGCAACCCGCACCCAGGCCCGCGAGGCCUUCUUCCUGAAUUUCGCCAAGACCCUGCGCGCCUCGUUCCCCGACGUCCCGCUCAUGGCGACGGGCGGCCUGUGUAGCCGCGGUGGCAUGGAGGAAGUCGUGGCUGGCGGUGGUGCCGAUCUCGUAGGUAUUGGCCGCGCCUCGAUCCUAAGCCCCUUACUGCCCGUUGACGUCGUGCUCAACCGGGACGUCAAGGACACCGACGCACGUGUGGCGAUUCUCAAGUCGAAGGUGCCGUGGUAUUUGAACUUUGGGCCUGCUAUGGCAGACAAGCAAGGUCGCAGGAUCGGGCCAGGGACAAGGGCAGAUCAUAUAGAAGGCCAGAUGCAGGAUUAG